AUGAGGCGGUUCGGUGACACGUUGAACCCCGACGAUGCCUAUCUCAGCUAUCAUGAUGUUCGAUUGACCAGAGAGGAUAUGCAAUCACUCAAAAAUGACUGGCUCACCGAUAAUGUUAUCUCCUUUUGGGAGGAAUAUCUAGAGCGCGAGUUCCUCGUACAGUUUAAAACAUCCAACAUCGUACUCCUGCGACCCAGCAUGUCCUUUAUGAUCCUUCAAACACCCAACCCGAUAACAUUGCGCGAGGCACUACCGGACUUCACGCGCACAACGCAUGUCUUCCUCCCGAUAAACGACUGCCGUAAUGUCACCGAAGCAGAGGGCGGGACCCAUUGGUCAUUACUUCUUAUCUCCAUCGUGGACGGCAUCGCGUUCCACUAUGACUCCCUUCCCCCCGGGAAUUUCUGGGAGGCCCGCGCAGUGACGGCCAAAUUCGGGACGUUACUUGGUCGACCCAUUCGGUUCAUUCAUCUGGAGGACUCGCCUGUUCAGGAGAAUGGCAGUGACUGCGGCGUCUUCGUCUGCUUGAACAUGCGCCAUCUGCUACUGAAGCGGCUAUUGACGGCCAACGCCAGCGAGAAGAUCAGUAUGAGUCUUGGCGGAAGGAAAGUCGACGCUCGUGCUGGGAGAAAGGAAAUCGCCAAGAUCAUCGAUGGGUUUAGGAAAGAAGGCGAGCGGCGUCGAUCUGCCAGUCUAAGUCCAUUAGGAAAGAAAUCGAAGAGUCCACCGAGAAUUGACUGA